GGAUUUUGAGCAAUAAAAAUACAUAUAAAGAAGCGUUAGCGUGGUUGCUAGAGGCGUAUAGAAAAUACAAAAUUAAAGAUAGGAUUAAUAGCAUUUUUUCAAAAUAUGAAAUAGUGAAACAUAUCUGCGAGGCAUACGUAAAAUUGGGAGAUGUGAAAAAUGCUUUGCUCUGGAACAAUAAACUAAAGAAUGUAAGACAGCCAGGGAAAUAUAAUAAAUCACAAACAGAUGCCGCGAAGGAGUUUAGACAAAUGAAAAUUGAUGAAUUGGAAGCAUUAUUGAGGAAAGAAGAAAAGCUCGGUGAGAAUUUAACGGUACUAUUGCAGGAACCAGAGAGAUUAAACUUCAACUUGAGCCGUGAAGUUAUCAUUGACUGUAAUAAAUUACAUAAACGAUCAAAAUAUCUGUUUAGAGCAAUGUGCCGUGGUGAAAUUACUGUUUCUUGUGAAGUUACUAAAAGGUUAAAAUGUUUUUACCUAAAGAGGACACAUCCAUUUCUUCGUUUAGCGCCUAUAAGGGCAGAGCAAUUGUACUUAUCACCAGACGUGUACCUUUUUUACAAUGUACUUAGUGACAACGAGAUUAAUGUGAUUAAAGACAUUUCGUUGGAAGAGUUCACUCUUGCAGCAGUUAACAAGCAAAUAAGUUCCACCAGUGCAUUAAACCGCUGCGUAAGAAUAGAGAUAUACUUAGAAGACAAUAAGUCUAGCGUUCUAACUAAAGUUAGGCAACGGGUAGAACAUUUUUCAGGCCUUAAUAUUAAUUACUCUGACAUGUUUCAAGUUGUCUACUAUGAUGUUGGAGGUUUCAAAGCACCUCAUCACGAUUUUGCUCAAGAUAAACAAUACAAACAUAAUGAAAAUCGACUGUCAACAAUUCUUUUCUACAUAUCAAACGUCCACCAAGGCGGCGCUACUGUGUUCUUACACCUCGGCCUGACGGUAUACCCUGUGAAAGGUGCAGCUUUAUAUUGGAAAAAUCUCUAUCCAUCUGGAGAAAAAGAUGUUUUGACUUGCCAUGCGUCUUGUCCAGUGCUCCAAGGAUCCAAAUGGGGUAAACUAGUUAUAUCCAGACGCAUAAAUCUAGUCGGUCAAGAGAGAAGCUUCCCAUGCACACUCAGCCAAAAAAAAGGUCGACGAUUAUAUCUGCCUAGUCUGAAGAAGGAAUUAUUCAAUAAGAAUUUAUUUUAACUAGCUGGUACACAUAUUGUUUACUGUAUUUAGAUUUGUUUAUAACCU